UUUGUUGACAGUUAGCUAGCAUGCGAAAACAGUUCACACGUAUAAUUUACACUUAUUAUUAAUUCCUACAUUUAAUUCAGAAUAUGUCUCUCAAAGAGUCCCUAAAUUAAAUACAAAAUUAGUGGCGACACACCCACCCUGUUUCAAUAUUAGCAAUAGUUAGCGAGCAUGCUAGCCGGCUAUAUGUCUAGCUAGCCAUGUUAGUUGGGGAGAAUCCUGAAUAGCUUUGUGUUCCCUCUUUAUGUGCACUACGUCUAGUGAGAAAUAAUUGCCUUUGCCCUCGAUGUAGUGGACUGCGUGUUUAAGAGGGACCGGAUUUAAUAUUUAGCCCAGGUUGUCUGCUGUAGUUAGAGUCAGACUGUGUGUGGAUUGUGAUUAUGAGCAGAUGUGUUUGUUAUGCUUUUACUGGUUUUGAAUAACGUCUGCGUCAUGGACACUGAAGGGAUCGUGAUCCGUAUAAAGACACCGGUGGGGGACAUGGACUCAUCGGUGGACUGUCCAUCACUUUUGAGCUUCAACGAAUUACUGCUCGCAAUUAAAGACGUGAUGCCUGAAGCGACCAUUACUGCGUUUGAAUAUGAGGAUGAGGUUGGUGACAGGAUCACAGUUCGGAGUGAUGAAGAACUGAAGGCCAUGCUGUCAUAUUACUGUAAUACAGUGAUGGAACAGCGGAUUAAUGGACUCCUACCUGAGCCCCUACAAAUCUUUCCUCGAGCUGGGAAGACUCCUGGGAACCGGAACAUCUACAGCCUCAAGGUGACCACACGCCCUGGCUCUUCCAGUAGUCGCGGAUCAUCUCCUGCCGAGUCUCUGUCCAGUAACAGUUUAAAGAAAUCGUCAGCAGAGCUGAAAAAGAUACUGACCAAUGGCCAGAUAAAUGAACAAGACAUCCAGUACCAGGAGCAGCUUGGCCAUGGAAAUGGGGGAACGGUAUACAAAGCAUACCAUCUCGUGGGGAAGAGGGUUCUAGCAGUGAAGGUCAUUCCUCUUGACAUCACAGUGGAACUUCAGAAACAGAUCAUGUCUGAGCUGGAGAUCCUUUACAAGUGUGACUCGCCAUACAUUAUAAAGUUCUACAGUGCUUUCUUUGUGGAGAACCGAAUAUCUAUAUGCACGGAGUUUAUGGAUGGUGGGUCUCUUGAUGUUUACAGGAAGAUUCCAGAGCACGUCCUGGGCCGGAUUGCUGUGGCAGUGGUGAAAGGAUUGACAUAUUUGUGGAGCCUGAAGAUUUUACACAGAGAUGUGAAGCCUUCCAACAUGCUUGUGAACACCAGUGGCCAAGUAAAACUGUGUGACUUUGGAGUCAGUACACAACUGGUAAACUCUAUCGCCAAAACCUACGUUGGAACCAACGCAUACAUGGCGCCAGAACGAAUAUCAGGGGAACAAUAUGGAAUUCAUUCAGAUGUAUGGAGUUUAGGAAUCUCAUUCAUGGAGCUUGCUCUUGGCCAUUUCCCCUAUCCACAGAUUCAGAAAAACCAAGGUUCCUUAAUGCCUCUCCAGUUAUUGCAGUGCAUCGUUGAUGAGGAUCCUCCUGUGCUUCCAGUUGGUCAGUUCAGUGAAAAAUUUGUGCACUUUAUAACACAGAGCAUGAAAAAACAGCCAAAAGAACGUCCAGCGCCCAAUAACCUUAUGGAUCAUCCAUUUAUCACGCAAUACGAUGAUGGGAACACGGAGGUAGUAUCCAUGUGGGUGUGUAGAUGCUUGGAGGACCGCAAAUCUCAGCAAGCUCAGGGGCUAAUGUAAGGAGCCGGGACACAACAAGGAGCUGUUUUUUCUUUUUCUUUUUUGUUUUUCUUUUCUAUAAAGUGCCACUGAGGGUACAGAGGUUUCCUGGCUGAACUUACUUGACUUGAAGGAGACCACCCAUAAACAGACUCCAGAGUGCUUAUGGACCCUUUUUUUUGUUUUUUGUUUGUUUUUUUCCUACGGAUCUAAUAACUCGAGAUCAGUGUUUUGUUUUUUGUUUUGUUUUAUAUAUUUGUUUCUGAACGCUUGUGGAAAUUGCAGUAUAAAUUGUUCAGGCUUAUGACUCUCUAUCAUUUCCAUAGCAGAUGGACCAUGAAGCAAAAGCUUUUUAAUAGGGUUCUUUCAGGAUAAACUAGAAGACCUUGUAAUGCAGAGUAAACGUUUUUGCGUUUCGAUCCCUACAGGGAGGGGAGGGAGGGAGGCGGCUUUGGGCUUCUGAUCAAAAAAAAAAAAAAAAAAAAAGGUUUUGAGGUAAAAUCCCUGUAUCUCCACGCUGCCGCUGAUUGGGUCCUUGAGCUAGACCUUAAUCGUUAUCUGCAAAGAUGUAUCCUGUUGCGAUUGUAUGUAGCUUUGGACAAAAGCAGCAGCCAAAUGAACGAGAGAGUUGGUUUUUUUUUUUUUUUUUUUUUGCAGAAAGAAAACUCGCAUUUAUUAACCCAGGAGUGUAUUGCAUGCGGCACAUCGCUCUUAAAUUGUUGGGCGACACAUUUACGGUGUUCGUCUUCAGUAGAUGUUUUUUCAGUCUGGGGCUUUUUUUUUUUUUUUUUUUUUUUUUUUUACGAUUCCUUUAUUUAUGUUUCAGGGAAUCUAUUCAGAUAUAUUAAAUAUAUCGCAAAAAUUUCAACAGGCACAAAACAAAAAAAAAACCAAUAGUUCGUAUUUCUUUCACGAUUGUACAUGUUAUCCCUGACCUCUUUAAUCAGCACUAACCUAGGCAUUUUUAGCACUGCCGUGUUUUGUGCGUUUUCCUUAAGAGUUAGAGAACAUGGAAAAGCUCUUGCGAUGUAUAAACCACAAAACCACAGAGUUUUUCAUUCAUUUCAAUCAUACAUUUACUCCGGUGUGUGCAUUGAGUUAUUCCAGCCACAUGUUUAACCUCCUGAGCACAUAAAUAUAGGUCUUAAAUCUAAUCGUUUUAACUUGACUGACCCCACUUAUCUAUUAGAUAUAUUUAAUUCAAAUCAGCAUCAUCCUCCCUCUCCACUACAGCAUGUAAUCAUUCCACAGCAGGGAGUAAAUAAUUUUUGCUCACUAUUCUAUUAACCACUGACAGCUGCCGACUAACAUGCCUCAUAUGUUACAGCUGCAUCAACCCACCACAUCUGCCUACUACUACUACAAUACUCCAUGGGCCACUUAAAGACGUUUUUAUGCCGUCAUGCACUUAUUGUACUGCUGUGUUUUUUAUACAGCGUUACGUUAUAAAACGAAGCAGUCCUGUAGGCUCAUAUUUUGCACCCUGCAUUACUUUAAGUAACUCCUGGUGGGAUUCCAAUGAAGAAAGUGAAAAACACAAGGUGGCGUUCAAGACAAACCAGGACUUUUGAUUGUGCAGAGUAGUAGAACACAGUUUUGAAAGUAAAAACUAGCUUUAUUUCUCUCUAAUCCCCUGCUAGACUAAUGCAUUCAUCCCAGCAUUUCACUUGUGCUUAGAUACCAUCAGGGUAGAAAGUUUUCUCAGUAUACCAGAGCCAUGAUCGGAUGCCUGCUUCAUCUCUGAAGCGCUGGCCUUUCAGGAAAUCCUUUAAUGUAAAAAAAAAAUAGCCUGGUUUUCAAAGACAGUGAACAAACUUGUACUGUCCACCGCACCACUUGCGCGUUACAGAAACUUUUCACCUCUCUUACAGUCCUGACAUUGCUUCAAGCCAUUUCCAAGGAAUUCCAGCGUUCUCAGGUAGUCUGAUCAUGGCUCCGGUGUAUUGAGAAAGCUUUCUACUUUGACAGGCUCCAAGCACUAUUAAAACACCGCGUUAAGUGCAUUAGUGUAGCGAGGGGCUACAUCUAGAAGUAUGCAUUAUACCCAAAGUUAUAAUACUUGAAGGUGUAAGUUUUUUUUCUUGGUAUGUUACCAAAUUAUCAUCAAGAUAUCUUUAUUAGGUUUUAAAGUUUUUACUUGUUUUUGAACUCAGUUCAAAUGCACUGUUACCUUUCAUCUUUAUUUCUGUCUUUUUGUUUUUAAGAAAUCUGGUGGCACAUGAGGCUGAUUUCACAUUCCUGUGAAAGUUUGCACACCUUCAACUAUUCCUAAGUAAAUUAAACAAUGUGGUGUGUCUCUCACUCUCUCUCUCUCUUUUAAUAUAAGGAAAUGUUCCUCAAGCUAUUAAAGGGCCAUUUUAAUGCGUGUAGUAGAAAAUGCUUUCUGUGAAGAAAUCCAAACGUGUCCCUUAUGCUUCUUUAACUGCGUAUUUAUUUGUCUAAAUCCAUUUGUUGGUGCACAAACAACACAGGUCUGGUCAUUAUUGUGAAAAAUAAUGUGACAUUUCCUUUUCUCUAUUACCUGAAAUGUGUUGGCAUUACUUUAUUCUGGGAAAAUAAUAUCACUAGCAAUACUUUAGGCUUAAUAUAAUGCACAGCGAAGUUUAAAUUGGACUUUUGAUAUUGCUUAUAAUAUAGUUUUUUUAGAUCAGUAUAAAUCAGUUAUUUUAGUACAUUGAAUAUCUAAAUUCAAACAUGAAAAUGUUCAAGAAAGUGAAAAAUAUUUCAGGCUCCCGGACAUUUUGAUGUAAGUUUGUCGGGACUGUGAUACAGUAUUGAAUGACUGAAUGGAUUUCUUGAUUCUGUACUUGGAAUAUAUUCAUACAACAAAUUUUUUUUUCCUUUAUUAUUUUUGCUGGCUUUGUCACAAAAUGUGUAUGGUGUUAAAAUUGCUCGCAUCUGGCCGAAUUUUUCUCUAACAAUUUUACACAUGAUCUUAAGCAAAGUCCUAAAAUUUAUACAACAAAAUAAGGAUUCAUCUUCAGCCAAUGCGUUAUCUUGGUCACGUCUUGGCGGACCAAGAAAGAAUCCAAAUUGGAAUAUACCCUGGAGGAGACGAGUGCUAUUUUCAACAUGACAAUAGACAAUCCCUGUUCCUGUGAAGCAAGAGGAGACUGGAGAACCUUAUGGAAACCCACAAAGACACAAGGACAUGCACAGAAACUUCAUACAGACUGUAACAGAAGCUUGAGAAUGACCUGGAUCUGUGAUCGUCUCAGCAGUCACUCAUUCUUCACUACAGACCUGCCCUUAUAAUAUAUAGGAACAUUCAUGUCAAUGCUGUUGAUUCUUUAUACUGUAGUUUAGUUCAAAAACAGAAUUUAUUUUACUGAGAACCCAUGCGCAGCUGCAGUCAUUUCUAUACAGAGAUGGCAGGCGUCUUUUCCUGCCAAAAUGUUGCCUUGAUUUGGGGGACAAGUGACCGUCCCCCAAACCUGUUUACCUUAAUUCAGCCAUGUUGACUCACUAAUAGUGCUAAAUAUCCGAAUAAAGUUUAAAACCAACUAUAGAUUUUACUGCAAUAUCUUUACAGUAUUGCUACCAAUAAACUUUUAAAUCAGUCUGCUGCACAACACAUUUACAAUAGUACUGUAAAAACUUGCAUAUUAUAAAAUAAAACAAAAUCUUUG